ACAUGUGAUCAAACCAUAAUGGCGGCCGACUCGGAUCACCUCGAGGAAAUACCGGAAGAAGUUGCAAUGUUGGUCUCCAUGCUUGGCAAUGAGCAUCAUGCCUACUGGAGCAACACGUACAUUAAGGAGUUAAACGAGCUUUCACAGGCUAUGGCCGAUGGGAACCCUGAUCCGAUGGAAAAGUUGUUUGUAUGGUUCGGGAAAAUGAACAUGGUAUACACAGCAAACGUCAUUCAAGGAGCUGAUCUCAACAUAAGACAUGAUGCAGCUAUUUUGGAUGUUGGGUGUGGAAACGGUUUCUUUUGCGAAGUCCUGCAUGCACUGGGAUUCACAAAUAUCGUUGGGUUGGACUAUUCCAUGGAGGCGAUAAAUCUUGCGAAUGAGGUACAGUCGUACUUUAGGAAACAAAAAUCUGAUUUACAAUCCUGGGGAACACGGUACGUAUGUGAUGAUGUUUUGAACACAAGUUUGGAGAAAGAAAGCUUCCGUCUAAUCCAUGACAGUGGAACUCUUGAUAGCAUUGCCAUGACUGUUCCUGAUCGAGGGGCUCGAGGAACAUUAGGAGGCUUACAUGGACAGCGCUCAGAUUCUCAAGAUGAAACAGGAUUAGAAUCUUCAGGAGCGAUCGGAUACUUUCGUAACAUUGCUGCACUACUAGAACCUGGAGGCUUCCUUCUACUGAAAACCUGCAAUCACUCGCUGGACGAGAUUCAGCAACUCGCGUCUUCAUCUUCUUGUGGCCUUGCAAUGUGCAAAGGACUUAUCCGAAGAUUUCGACAGUGGUCUCAAGGUCGUAAUCAUGAAGAAAGUUAACGCACAACGCAUUUCUUGUGGUUGAUAUCAGCCAACAUCUCAAAAUCAUAUUUAA